GGCGUUGCGGCAGCGGUUCCGACUCCAGUUCGGUGCCACCCAGCAGCCACAAAGGCCCUUCUGCUGCCGUUCCUAGUCCUCCUCGCGCCGCCCCGGCCGCUGUCCAACCCCUCCGCCAGGGUUUGCGCAGUGGCUCAAACACCCCUCGGCCGGUGUACGCGCUCUGCACCUGCCUGCCCGAAAACAUGUUGCAGAAACCCGAGAGCGGGGGUCUCCCGGUGCCUCAGGCCAAGGGGGAGAAGGAUGGCGGCCAUGAUGGUGAGCCCCAGGCCCUGACCGCCUCGCAGGAGGAGGCCCCGAGCCCCCUUCUGCAGGAGAGCCCCAAGGAGGACCUCCGCUCCGUGAGGGAGGAGGGAUCUGCGGAGCCCGCCCUCACCCGGAAAGGCGCUAGGGCCUUGGCAGCCAGAGCCUUGGCCCGGCGCAGGGCCUACCGCCGUCUGAAUCGGACGGUGGCGGAGUUGGUGCAGUUCCUGCUGGUGAAAGACAAGAAGAAGAGUCCCAUCACCCGCUCCGAGAUGGUGAAAUACGUUAUUGGAGACCUGAAGGCUCUGUUCCCGGAGAUCAUCGCAAGGGCCGCAGAGCAUCUGCGGUAUGUUUUUGGUUUCCGGCUGAAACAGUUUGACCGCAAGCACCACACUUAUAUCCUGAUCAACAAACUAAAACCUCUUGAGGAGGAGGAGAAGGAGGAUCUGGGAGGAGAUGGCCCCAAAUUGGGUCUCUUAAUGAUGAUCUUGGGACUUAUCUACAUGAAAGGUAAUAGCGCCAGGGAGGCCCAGGUCUGGGAGAUGCUGCGUCGGUUGGGGGUGCAUCCCUCAAAGUAUCACUUUCUCUUUGGGUACCCGAAGAGGCUUAUUAUGGAAGAUUUUGUUCAGCAGCGAUACCUCAAUUACAGGAGACAGCCUCACUCCAAUCCACCGGAAUAUGAAUUCUCUUGGGGUCCCCGAAGCAACCUGGAAAUCAGCAAGAUGAAAGUCCUGGGGUUCGUGGCCAAGCUCCAUAAGAAAGAACCCCAACACUGGCCAGCGCAGUACGGUGAGGCCCUGGCAGACGAGGCCGACAGGGCCAGAGCCAAGGCCAGAGCUGAGGCCAGUAUGAGGGCUAGGGCCAGGGCCAAUGCUAGGGCCACCGUUCACCGCUGGUGAAAAGGUAGCCAGCGGGGGGGGGGCCGUGGUUAUGGAAGCUAUGUCUGAAUUAUAAGUAGUAUAGGUGGGGCGAGGGUCGUUAUUUCUGUAGAAAUGGUGUAACUUUAGGAUUUAGGUUUUAUAUCUUGUUACGUUUUGUUAUAUUUAAUAUACUGUUAAAAUGCUGUUUAUAACUGAUACUGGUCUACUUUUUUCUGUAGGAUUUUGUUGUAGAGUUUUGCUGGUUUUGUAAAAUGGAUAGAAAAACUGCAUUUUAUUCUGUGAUUUUUGAACAGAUUAUGCAGCAAUGCUGUACUUUAAUGAUUUGAAGGAACUCAGCAGUAUGAUGAUCUAGUACCAGGGAAAAAAAUAAUUGGUGUCUAGCCUCCCAACACUUUUUGUCUAUUG